AUGAAUGGUACUAAUGGCAUUCCGAAUUCUCUUCCACCUCUUGACGGCAAUAAUUGGAUUCGAUGGAAGAAACAAAUGCAAUCCUUGUUUGGCUUCCAUGAAACCCUAGAAGUGGUUACAGGCGGCGUACUUGUGUUGGCUGCAGAUACAACCGAAGCACAAAGAACAAUCCACAACGAAGUCAAGAAGAAAGAUUGCAAGGCUGCGUAUUGCGUUCAGACGGCAGUAGAUUCAGCGAACUUCGACAAGAUUUCUCAUGCUGAAUUGGCGAAGGAGGCAUGGGAUAUUCUGGCGAAGUAUUAUAAAGGAGGUGAGAAAGUCAAGGUUGUCAAGUUGCAGACCUUGCGUCGACAAUAUGAAUUGCUGUCGAUGGGAAAAGACGAAAAGGUUGCAGAGUAUGUGUCGAAGGUGCAGAAACUCGUCCAUCUCAUGAAGAGUUGUGGUGAAACCCUAACAGAUAAGAUGAUAUUUGAGAAGGUAAUGCAUACGUUGACCUCUCACUUUGAUCAUGUUAUCGUAGCUAUUCAAGAAUCCAACAAAGUAGAAGAUCUAAAAUUAGAGAAUCUGGUUGGCUCGUUGGAGGCGCAUGAGAUUAGGAUUGUUGAAAGGAGAAGAGUCAAAAAAGAGGGAGGAGGAAACUAUCGAAAGUACAAAGAAGAUAAAAAAGUUAAAGGUGUGUAG